GGCGGGGCGGAGCCGCAGAAGCCUCGGCCUUUUCCCCGUCCCCUGCGCGGCCCUCAUGCGGCGCCCUGGUUGACACCUGAAAUCCGCCGGUCGCCGUCCUCCUGGGGACCGUGGGGACGCCCGGCCCGCCGCCCUCGGCGGUUGAAGUCGUCGUGGUGCGGACCCACGGCGGCUGCCCAUGGAGAAGGCCGGGCGGGGCAGCGAUGGCGCCCCCCGGGGGCCGGUGCUGCACAUUGUGGUGGUCGGCUUUCAUCACAAGAAGGGCUGCCAGGUUGAAUUCUCUUACCCGCCCCUGAUUCCAGGCGAUGGACACGACAGUCACACUUUACCUGAAGAAUGGAAGUAUUUGCCCUUCCUUGCCUUACCAGAUGGAGCUCACAACUACCAGGAAGAUACUGUGUUUUUUCACUUGCCACCCAGAAAUGGAAAUGGAGCCACAGUAUAUGGUAUCUCUUGCUAUCGACAAAUUGAAGCUAAGGCAUUGAAAGUACGGCAAGCAGACGUCACCAGAGAGACUGUUCAGAAAAGUGUCUGUGUUCUAAGCAAGCUGCCUCUCUAUGGCUUACUUCAAGCAAAACUCCAACUCAUUACACAUGCUUAUUUUGAAGAGAAGGAUUUUUCCCAAAUUUCCAUUCUAAAGGAGCUUUAUGAACAUAUGAAUAGUUCCCUGGGAGGAACUUCAUUAGAAGGAUCCCAAGUAUAUCUUGGUCUGUCUCCUCGAGAUCUUGUGCUUCAUUUUCAACACAAGGUCUUAAUUCUGUUUAAACUAAUUCUUCUUGAAAAAAAGGUUCUCUUUUAUAUUUCUCCAGUGAAUAAAUUGGUGGGUGCCCUGAUGACCGUGUUAUCCCUUUUUCCAGGCAUGAUUGAGCACGGUCUCAGUGACUGUUCUCAGUACAGACCCCGAAAGAGUAUGUCUGACGAUGCUGGGCUUCAAGAAAGUAAUCCCCCUGCACGUGAUUUUGCUUCUGUGUCUACCCCCAACUUUCCAAACACCAACUCGGAAACUGUCAAGAAAAUUAUGACAGGAAACCGUGACGGAGACACUGCCAUCAAAACUGAAGGACCUUUGUUCCAAGUACAAGAUGACAGCAACAAAGGACAGGAACUUGGUGAUGCCAAUCAAUAUUUGAAACCUCCUUCUCGUCCAUCUCCAGAGUCUUCAGAAAGUGACUGGGAGACCUUGGAUCCUAGUAUUUUAGAGGAUCUCACCUUGAAAGAAAGGGAGCAGGGGGGGCCAGAACAGACAAACUCAUUUCCAAAGGAGUCGGUGCCCUCAGAGAGUCCUCCGAUUACUGUACAACCUCAAGCUCACGUGGGCCAGGCGGUCCUGGUACCAGGGUUGAUUUCCGGUUUGGAAGAGGACCAGUAUGGCAUGCCCUUGGCCAUCUUCACAAAGGGGUAUCUGUGUUUGCCUUAUAUGGCCUUGCAGCAGCAUCAUCUUCUCUCUGACGUCACCGUUCGGGGAUUUGUUGCUGGAGCUACUAACAUCCUUUUUCGACAACAGAAACACCUCAGUGAUGCCAUUGUGGAAGUAGAAGAAGCUCUGAUCCAGAUCCAUGACCCAGAACUCAGGAAGUUGCUUCACCCUACCACUGCAGACCUCAGGUUCGCAGAUUACCUGGUGAGGCACGUGACGGAGAACCGGGACGAUGUCUUCCUGGAUGGCACGGGCUGGGAGGGAGGUGACGAAUGGAUCCGAGCCCAGUUUGCAGUCUACAUCCACGCGCUGCUGGCAGCCACACUGCACUUAGAUAAUGAAAAGAUAGUAUCGGACUACGGGACAACCUUUGUUGCCGCAUGGAAGAAUACUCACAACUACAGAGUCUGGAAUAGCAACAAGCAUCCGGCACUGGCAGAAAUAAAUCCGAACCAUCCUUUUCAAGGCCAGUACUCAGUGUCAGACAUGAGGUUAAGAUUCUCACAUUCUGUUCAAAACAGUGAACGUGGCAAAAAAAUUGGAAACGUCAUGGUUACAACCAGCCGGAAUGUUGUACAAACAGGAAAAGCUGUUGGCCAGUCGGUUGGAGGGGCUCUUUCCAGUGCAAAGACGGCUAUGUCUUCAUGGCUUUCUACUUUCACCAACUCCACCCCUCAGAGCCUCACUGAGCCACCCGACGGGAAGCCCUGAGCGUGGGGUUCCAGACGCUGCUGCUGCUUUCUUAGGUUUAAGUGUUCUCUGUCUGUCUGCUGCUCCCGGACUCUCCACUUCAUCGGCCACAGGUCGUCGAAUGUUUACAUGGACGGUUGCCCUCUGUCUGGAUGAAUGUCACAGGAUGCUGAAAAAAUGAAAUCACAACCAUAGCAGGGAUGGCUUUCCAGGUUGGGGUUUAAAUUGACUACUUUUAUUUCAGUCUGAGCCUGAUUAAAAAACACAGUGUACCGUCUAAUCAUUUUUGAAUUCUGAUAGUAUACAUUUGUUUACUUUAGAAAAGUUUUUACUUGUGUAAAUUUUAUUCUGUUUUGCUAUUUGAAUAGCUAGAUGAUCACUGCAGUUUAUUUUUGCUGAAAUUAAGUUAUAUUGCUAUUAUAAUUUCUCUAAAGUUGGCCCUAAAAUGUGCUUAUAAAGUUAAGGGGCCAUACAAUCCAGCUUUGUUAUUAUUUUGCUGACGUAUAUGACCAUUCUUUGUUUAUUGGUUUUCUACCUACAAAACUAUCAAUUCACUUCUUCCCAGAAACAGGAAAGUUGUGGGUAGUAGUUCUGAGGAUAGAGUGUUUUGUUUCGUGUUUAACUUAUUUUUUCCCAAUCCUAAAUACUUGCUUUGAGACAUCAGGGGGUGUCAUUGUAUUUUUUCUUCCUCUUCCUAAUUGUUCACGUAGGUUUGCAGAGAAAUAGCAUAAUGAUGGGUCCAGCCACGUUGGAGCAGUUUAACAUGAAGGCGUACUUAGGGCAAGACUUUAAAAGACCUUGGUGUUAGUUCUGUCAACUCUAGUCAUGUUGCAAUCUUCUACAAGUGUUUUCUAACUCAGAGUUUGUGCCUUCUAUGUCUUCUUUUGAACAGUUUUCCAUUGGGUAUUUACAGACCUACAGGUUUUUUCUUAGUCUUAUUCUUCAUAAAACUUUCCAAGGCACUUGGCUUUCCUACUUCCCUGAUGGAAAAUCUUCCUGUAAUCAAUCCCUUCUAAGAGUAUUUUUAAAAGAAAAGUAAGAUGACCUGUAAAUAUUAAAUAGAAAUCUCAUCAUAGGUCCCAUUUAGAAAAGCAAGAAACAGGAGAAGAAAACUACAGCCGUGACAUCAGUCAUGUUUCAUAAAGGACAUCUGGAUUCAUUUUAGAUUGUGUGUGUGUGUGUGUGUGUGUGUGUGUGCGCGCGCGCGCGCAUGUGCAUGCUGUCUACUGAAGACUUUUACACAACUGGACCUCAUGUAUCUGUCGUGUUCAGCUGUCAUUUGCUUUUCAUGGGGACAUUGGAUGGGAGUUCUCAGGGAGGAUUUAUAGGGGACAGACUGCUUUUUCAGUAACAGGAUACGUGGAAAAUACAUAGUGAGUGUAACCUAAACACGACAUAAAGAGUGUUGGGAAAAUAAGGGGUCUAAUUAAGGAUGACACUUGAUUAUAUUUGAUUUAUCGCUUAAGAAAUGUUUAUGUAAAGUAAAUCCUUCUAAGGCAUGUAAAAUGGUCAUGGGGACAUAAUCUAAAUAUCCCUAAAUCUUCCAAUUUGUGUUUUAACACAAAUCCAGCAAAUCUAAAAGCAUACUUCCAUUUGAACAUAAUAACUCAAGAAUUCAGUGAUGAUAAAUUAAAGGGCUUAUUGUGAGAACUCCAUUCACUCCACCUCUGCUAGGAAAGUUAACCUUCUCAGGAAAUGUUACUUGAAGAGAAGUAAUACCAAACAAACCCUUAAAAGGUACUUUAAUCAGUGUUGCACUGAGACUAUAAAGAACUCAUUCUAACAUCUUGUUUCAUCAGGCCACACCAUUAGCUGGAGUGAUAGUGUAUUAGUUGCAAUUGUUACCUCUCAACUGCCAGAAACUCACAGUGCUAAGCGCACUGCGAGGGGUCGGCCAGCUCACUGCUGGCUCAUUCUUCGGUUUGUAUGAGAGGGCUAAACUCCCAUCUCUCACUAUUCAAUAGCAACCCAAUCCAUCCACACUUUCGAAUGCCACUAAAAUAUAGUUAUAUGAAGUCUAACUUUGCUUUAGUCUCACUUGUUCCCCAUUUUAAUAUACACCUUAAUUGAACUUCCUAUUGUUUCCAGUUAAGAGUUCAACUCUUAAAAUGGUCAUUUAACUGGCUUUCAACAUAAAAUGAAUAUUUCAGAAGAUAGAACUUUUGUAAUAGAAAUGGCUAAAAGACUGUCACUCUAUUUCCUUCAGGUUCUGGGAGGUGUGGGAGUUUGCAGGGAACAGAGGCCAUUAUGUUGUCGGCAGGGCCGCGGGACAGCCAGCACAGCUGAAGGCAGGAGACCUGUCCCUCAUCCUGGGAGCCUGUGUGCAUUGGGUGUGGGCUCCGGGCUCCGGGCUCCCGCUGAGAGGCCAGCACAGGAGCCUCACUUCUAGUCACUGGCUCUGAGGGCCACAGGAGCCAACACGGGGCCGUCUUCGGACCCGUCACUGAUAAAGGUGGGUUUUGGUUGGCCAUGGUUGCUCCAGUGCUUCUGGGUCUAAGAACUGAGUAUUUGUCAGGAGGCCUGAGGGAGCGAGGGGUGCUAGGCACACAGGCGGCAUCUAUAGCUUGCUGUUGGCCUCACUGUCUGUCUAGGUGAUUUAAAAGUAAGAUUGUUUGGAAAAAGUCGCUGGCAUACUUUAAUUCCCACUAGGCACUGUAAUGACAGUGACACAGGUAAGGAAAAGAGACUUGAAGCUAUUGUGUCCUGGACUAGGAGACUAGAAGAAGUUGUAUGUCGGAGUGAGGCUUAGAGUUGUUUUGCAUAUGCAUUUGUUUCAUGGAACAGGUAUGAAUAGUGUACCCCCAACUCCAUUAGUGAUUUGUUAGCCCCCAAGCCUUAAAACAAUUCCCAUCUACUUUUGCUUUAAGACACAUAGCGGCAAUAUCCUUGGGCAACAAACCUGAGCAUGUGACAUGAUUUGUUCAACCUUAUCUUGCUUUCCCAGUCGUAUACUAAACAUUGCAUUUUUCUUUAGAAUCAUUUAGUUUGGAAAGGCAAGGAGAAAGAAAGCACGCUAUUGCAAGGCUGAGGAGCAAGGUACUUAAAAAUCGGAAUGAAAGUAUUUUGAGAGCAGUAUUUCAUAUGCUGAAGGUUGUAAGAAUUUAUAAAGAAGUUACAGGUUUAAAAUGAUGCUGUAACAUUGUGUCUCUGGCAGGCAGGUUUUGUUUUUAUUUUGUUUUGUGGAAGUUACAGACAGAUGUUCCUUUUCCCUCCCGGCCUGGUGAUGGGUUUGGGAGCGCUCAGCUCACUAAGGGGUUUUGGGCUGAUCCCAAACCACAAGAACUUGAUCUGCUUCAACAAUUUGGGAAAGUAGCCUCUUAGGAUCGUAGCUGUUAAACACUGCCUGUUAUUCUGUCGGGAACUUGGUUGGGACUGUUGAGGUGGCACCAGCCUUUGCCCGCUCUCUCUGAGCAGAGGUGGCACGGCGUGCACGGCCUUUCCACCCAGCGCUGUGGUAGCCUUUCAGUAUGACAGAGAACGCAGCCCUCGCUUCCAGAAGGUGACUGGCUUGGCAAGCAGUGCGCUGUGUGACUCGCAGUGUUUUCAUUCCACGUCUUUGGACUUCAUAACAUUGGAAUUGUUUUUCCAUAAUCUCCAACAUUCCAUGAAUAUUUGUCAAGGACAAAGAAAGGGAAUAUGGAUCUUUAUUCUUUUCAUAUAAAUAACUUUGUACACAUGACUUUCUGCUUUCAUAUGAAGGAGAAGAAACUCGCUCCCUUGUAUGGUAACUCCAACAUUGUAAGAUUGUGCACGUAUAAGGGGUUGAAUAUAUUUUGUAAAACUCUAAUGCAUUUGUAUUUCUGUGCUGUUCUAAAGUUUACCCUUUUUACUUAUAUUAAUUAAAGAUAUAGAGGCUAUAUAUUUAAAUCAUGUAAACGGGACAUAAUUUAGGGGUUUUUUCAGCCUUGUUUUCCAUCAGCUUCUCACACGCACAUAGUAUGCUGCUCAAAUUUGUGUGCAAUAUAAACUUUUGAACAUUUCAGUCAAGUACUGAGCCAGAAAAGGUAAUUGAAGUUUUUAGAAAGCUUCUGUGCUUAGAAAAUACUUUGUUUUUUCUUGAAAUAAUAAUUUAUAGCUGGAAAAAUAGGAUCACGACUUAUCUGUUUCAGGGCACUUGGUCAUUGAUUCCUAAACUUAGGAAGCAUUUGAUUAACAAGUAGGUAAAGGCAUUUAGUGGUUACAAAAAUAGUUUAAAUAUUUGAGAUUCAGGGUUUUUUUUACAGACCCUUUCUAAGGAAGUUUAGCUUAGAAAUCUUAGAACGUUUUCUGAGGACGUUUAGCUGUGGCACAUAUUUUAAUCAGAAAGGUAGUUUCUCUUUGCUCUGGUAGUUUUAUAAUUUAUACUAGUUCUUUGUUUCUGUUGUCAUUUGUUUCAAAAGAAUGUUAAAAUUAUAAAUCACGUCUGAUCAUACUGAAUU